GGAUGCUCUACACAUAUGGGAGAAUGCAAGACAAAAUCCCAGCUGGACUCCCAUUUCUGAUCAUUGAAACAAGCACAAUUGCACCCUAUGAACGAGGAUUUUACUGUAACGAUGAGAGUAUCAGCUAUCCCUUGAAAAGUGGAGAGACCAUCAACGAUGCUGUCUUGUGUGCUGCAGGCAUUCUCAUAGCCAUACUUGCUAUCAUAAUAGGAGAGUUUUAUCGGAUCCACUGUUUGAAGGAGAAAUCCAGAUCCUUCAUCCAGAACCCAUAUGUGGCAGCUUUGUACAAACAAGUUGGUUGCUUUGCCUUUGGUUGUGCCAUCAGCCAAUCUUUCACAGACAUUGCAAAAGUCUCUGUUGGACGCUUAAGACCCAAUUUCCUGGCGGUUUGCAAUCCAAAUAUUACACUAACCAACUGCUCGAAAGGUUAUAUUGAAGUUUAUCGGUGCCUUAAUGCAGAUGAAAGCAAAGUCCAGGAAGCCAGGAAAUCUUUCUUCUCUGGCCAUGCCUCAUUCUCCCUCUACACCAUGCUUUAUUUGGUGCUGUAUCUGCAAGCCAGGUUUACCUGGAGAGGAGCCCGCCUGCUACGUCCUCUGCUGCAGUUUACUCUGCUUAUGAUGGCCUUUUACACAGGACUGUCUCGUGUAUCUGAUCACAAACAUCAUCCGUCAGAUGUAUUGGCAGGCUUUGCACAAGGGGCCCUGGUGGCUUACUGCAUAGUGUUUUAUGUCUCUGACCUCUUCAAACAGAAAACAAAGGCUCCUCUGCCUCCUCCUCCAAUCCGGAAGGAGAUCCUUUCACCUGUGGAUAUCAUUGACAGGAACAAUCAUCACAACAUGGUGUAAAUGAUUGACAGAUUUUUUUAAAAAAAUGUUUUGUUUUUUGCAAAAUGACUGCUGACAGCAACUACCUGCUGCUCUCAAUCUCAUCAGACAGUAGAAUGUAGGGAGAGACUCUCACCUGACCAAUAAGGUCUUACUUGGUGGCCUUUAUAUUCUUACAACAUUUGCAUAAAAUGGGUGUUGUUUAACUAAGUCUAAGGCAGAAUGACAAAACAAUUCAAAACAUGCAGGAAUUCUAAAUGUGCAACUGGCUGAGUGUUCAUGUUGUAGUGAAUGCUGAAUUGUUCAUAGCUUAAUGAACACUAAAUGAUUCUAGGAAACUGGCCAUCUCUGCAUUUUUUCACUAUGAUGACUUUCAAUUCCUGUUGAGAGAGGGGAAAAAGAAAAGGAAAAAAACCCCUCACCAUCCUAGACUAUAGCACUGCCUACCAGAAAUAAGCACUGAUUCAGGAUUUGUGAUCACUUUCUAAGACUAAUCUCUUUUAUUUUAUAUAUCGGUUUUCUUUGACUCCAUUCCAUACUGUGACUUAAUUUUGGUUUCGAAGAAGCUUGCUCAAUAAGAUGUUGCAAGGGUUUCUAUUCCCACUACACAAAUCUUGGGGUGGGGGGACUUUAUAUACCUGAUUAAGCAUAAAGGAAUCCAUUGUCCAUUUGGUACAUAAUACAAUUCACAGGUUUUUUUCCAGCUAUCAUCUUUCUAAUUUCCCUUCAGCAUCUGUAUGACAUUGUCCAUGUUCACAUUUUUUAUUCUCUAUUAAGCAUCAAAGAGCAGGUUAGACUUGUCAAAUAGGGAAUGCUUGAGAAGUGCAGAACCCACAUCUUUUCAUACGUACCAUUACCAGUACUGUAUGAAAUGUCCAGCCUGCGUAGAACUUGCUUUAUGUCCUGGUAAAAUAUCCCUCUUGUUCCCCUUGGCGUACACAAAUUGCUAAAGUAAUUUCUGAACAGUUGAAGGCCAACUCAUUUUAAAUUCACAGGAUGUUCUUUUAUUAGUCGGUCAGUCUCGUUGAUAUAUGUUAGCACUAUGGGAUCUGGGCUUCAGACCUAGAGAAUGUGGAUCCUGCAUAUCUGGGACGGACUGCUGGGCGGAACUGUCCUAAUAUGACAUUCAGUGAAAUCCAUCUCCUUAUUUUCCAUGGCCUCAAGGAGAGGGAUUGUUAGAAACUAUUCAUUAGACACUAGGCCAGAUGCUGCUCUCAGUAUCACCAAGGGCACACGAAUAAGGUAAAGAGGAGUAGAACUUUGCCCAGUAACUCUCCUUGAAGGCUUUCAGAUAUGAUUCCAAAAGACAGAUGUUUUUAAAAAUGUUUUAAGAACUGAAUAGCGAAUGCUAACUAAGCAGACUGGCCUUUGCACAUCCUUGUCAUACAGAAUCCGUCCUAUCAUUUCAAUGCUAGCAAGCUAUGAUUUUUAUAAAUAUAUAUAAAUAUUAUAUAAAUAAUGUAUAAAACAUUAAAAAUUAACUAUGUAAAAUAUUAUUUCUGAAACAAUUUUAGAUAUA